GUGCUCUCCCGCAAAGAAACGUAGCAAAUAUAUAAUUGCCGCGAAUAUAUAACGCCUUUUUUUCCAUUUUUUCCUUUCCCGUGAUUUGACCCCAGGGGGAAGGCGAAGCAGGUAAUUCUUUUCUAUAUAAUUCUUCCCAACUGAGUCCAAGGGGAAAAAAAAGAAAAAAAAAAAAAAAAGGGGACAUACAAAAUAUGGCCAUUCGCAAAAAAUAGAGAAGAAAAAGUCCCCAAAAAGUGAAAGUUGAACAUGCCGAGGGAAAUCUUCCCAAGGGGGCGAAACAGAGCAGAAUAGCGCAAAAUAGAGAAGCCGCUUUGGGACGCCCACAAGGGAAAAGAUACAUAUCCACACGCAUAUCAGUGCAGUGGAGCGGCGCGCAAAUGCGCACAGUCAUAUAAACAGGAGUAAUCGUUUACAUACGCCGUACUGCCAAGUGGGGACCCCGAAAUGUGGAGGAAAGCAGUCGGAAGCUACUUCGGCGGUAAGGGCGACGCCAAGGAAGACGAGGACGCAGCCGCGGAUGCAGAUAAGCCAAAUAACGAAGCAGCAGAUGCAGAUAAACCAAAUAAUGAAGCGGCAGAUGCGAAUCCUACGGAAGAACAGAAGGAAGCCAAAGAGGAACCGAAGGAGAAGGAGGAGGUUCCCAAGCCAAGUACAACUCGAAGGGGAAGGCCCUCCACAAGGAAAGGGACCAAGGGCCAGGAUAGCAAGGGGGAAAAAGGCGCAUCGGAAAAUAAGGACGCGCCUGACGAAAAAGGCAAAGAUGGCAGUGGUGGCAGCGGUGGAAGCGGUGAGAGCGGUGUGAACGGUGGCGCUGGUAAUGCUGGCGGAAGUGAAGCGAACCAGGGAGAAGCAAAUGGCAGCGUCCCAAAGGAAGGGAGCGGGGACGCAGGCGAGAACGCAGGCGAGAAAGCGGAGGAGGCCAGAAGUGUGAAAAAGAAGAAAACCAACAAAGAGGAGGAGGCACAACCGCAACUAUCGCAGCAAUCGCAGCAAUCGCAUCAGGAACCGCCGCUUGAAGCGGAAGAGGGCGCGAACGAGGCACGCAGCAAAAGACGCAGCGAGUCGCGCGAUAAAAAAAACGAGCCAACUGAAAAGGAAAGCGCAGCCGGAAACAACCCGUCAGAUGAAAAGAAGGCAAAGGAGAAAAGUCGCGAAAAGGCAAGCAGCGACCUGCAGGAAAAGAUGAAAAUAAUUAAGGAGAAGCUCAAGUCGAGCGAGCUCAGUCAGGGGGCAAGCAUAGAAAAGCACAAGAAUAAGGAGGAGGGGCGCAGUAGAGAAGAGGGACGCAGCAGGGAAGAGGGGCGAAGCAAAAGAAAGCACAAGGAUGUGCCAUCAAGCAGCGACGAAGCCCACUCUUCGAAAAGGAAGAGGCGAAGCGGAGAAAGGGGCAUGGAAGAGAGGGGCGAAAAUGUGAGUAGGCACCGACAUAGGAGCAGAGAAAGGGAGAGGAACGAAGAAGGGGAUAGAGAGAGAGAUAGAGAAAGAGAAAGAGACAGAGAGGGGGAGAGGAGCUUGGAAAGAAUUCGAAGCAAGGAUAUGGCCAGGAGCAGAGGCAGGCACCGAAGCAGAAGCAGACACAGGAGCCGAAGCAGAGGAAGGCACCGAAGCAGAAGUAGACACCGCAGUAGAAGCAGAAGCAGAGGCAGGCAUAGAAGCAGACACAGAAGCAGACGCGGAAGAGAUAGGAGCAAGCGGUUAAGUAACAGCGAUAGCGACAGCAGCAGUGAUGAGAGGCAUCACCGCCAUCACCACAAGUCAAGAAGAAGAAGAAAAAGAAGCUCCAGAAAUAGUAGUGAUAGAGAACACUCCAGUGGAAGCACAGGAAAUAGAAACGAAUAUGACAGGAAGGACAGAUCAUCUUCUAGCGAAAGGAGAAGUAAAGAGAGUAGGAAAAAAAAAAAAACAAAAUGGGAUACGGUAGAUGAAAAUUUAUUGAAAAAUAAUUUGCUAGAUAGCAGUGCCAAUGGGCUACUGCAGCAGCAAAAUUUAGCCCUAGCUAACGGAUUGGGGCCAAAUAACAAAGUGAGCCCAUUAGGUAGAAAUCCAUACGAAGUGGAAGGAGAUAAGAAGCAAAGAAAAUUAUACAUCGGUAAUAUUCCUCCCAACUCUAAACAGGAAGAGUUAAUAGAUUUUUUCAACAACACCUUAGCAUCAAUUAUAAAAGACUCCAGUUUGGAAAUAAAAAUAGGAGACAUUGUAUUACUGCCAAUUUUAAAGUGUGAAAUAUUUAACGUCGAAUCUAGAUUUUGUUUUCUAGAAUUUAGAAGCCUUGAAAUUACAUGGCUUUGUCUUAGGCUAGAUGCCAUUUCGUUUAAUAAUUAUUGCUUACGGAUAGCCAGACCACAUGAUUUCGUUCCACCCCCAGGAGGGGACCCAGCACUGACAGUCGUAUUUACAGAUAUCAACCACGAAGUAUUCGAAAUGGUGAAGCCGGUAAAAAUCGCUCCAGUUAGAAGCACAGGAGAUGAUGACAACAAAUUGUAUAUACAGAAUUUGCCCCACGAUUUGAGAGAUGAUCAGAUAAGAGACCUCCUACAGCAGUUUGGGAAACUAAAAGGAUUUAACAUUAUAAAAGAUCUUAACACUGGAUUGAAUAAAGGCUAUGGCUUCUUCGAAUAUGAAGAUAGUAACUGCACACCUAUUGCGAUGCACGCUUUGAAUGGCUUUGUGUGCGGGCAGAACAUACUUAACGUAAAAAAAGCUACAUUCGGAAAAAGCCAAAAUAGUACGCAAAAUGCAAACACGAUAAGUUUACCUACUGGUAGUGUCGAUUUGCCAGUGUCACUUUUGCCAAAUUCCAUUUCGCAAAAAAUUCUGAGCAAUUCCAUCAUAGGAUUGCAAAUUCAGGCGUCCAGAAAAAUUGGCGAAAAAUCCUCUCGAGUGGUUCAACUCACCAAUGCUGUUUUUCAGGAGGAUUUACUUAUCGAUAGUCAGUAUGAGGAAAUAUUAAGGGAUAUUAAGGAAGAAGCUGAAAAAUAUGGGCCCCUUCAAAACAUUGUAAUUCCAAAGCCAAGUAAAGAUUUGUCCUACACGGAAGGCGUCGGCAAAAUUUUUCUUCAUUACGCGGAUGAAACUACGGCCAGGAAGGCCCAGUACAUGUUUAAUGGCAGACUGUUCGAGAAGAGAGUGGUAUGCGCUGCGUUCUACUCGGAGGAGAAGUUCCUGGCGGGGAAGUACGUCCUCUCCUAG